AUGGUUGCUCAAACACUGGGUUUUGGCCAAAAACAUGAUGCAACUGUUGAUAUACCGUUGGAUUCAAUGAAUGAUCCUAAGAAAAGGGAGAAGGAACUUGCAGCUUGGGAAGUGGAUCUAAAAAGGAGAGAACGUGAAAUUAAACGAAGGGAAGAUACUGUUUCCAGUGCUGGUGUCCCUUCAGAUGAUAAAAACUAGCCUCCAUGUUUCCCAAUUAUUCAUCAUGAUAUAGGCAAUGAAAUUCUUGUUCAUGCUCAGAAGUUGCAGUAUCUGGCUUUUGCAAGUUGGUUAGGCAUAGUUCUUUGCCUUGUAUUUAAUGUUAUUGCUGUGAUAGUUUGUUGGAUUAGAGGUGGAGGUGUAAAAAUAUUUUUCCUGGCAACAAUCUAUGCUCUACUUGGAUGCCCUCUUUCAUAUGUCCUAUGGUGUAGGCCACUUUACC